AUGCCGGAAUCAUCAGUGGUCUUCGGUACAAAUGAAAAAUGGCGAAUAAAUCGCAAUAUCUUGGUGAUGGGGUUCGCGUUUAUGGUGCAUUUCACAGCUUUCCACGGCACUGCCAACCUUCAGAGCUCAGUGAACAGCGACGCAGGCGCAGGAACAUUUACCCUGGCAGCGAUAUAUUUCUCACUUAUCCUAUCUAAUAUACUACUACCGGCUGUUGUGAUCAAAUGGCUGGGCUGCAAGUGGGCUGUGGCCAUAUCUUUCAUAGCCUACAUGCCAUUUAUAGCCGCACAGUUCUACCCCCGGCUGUACACCCUGGUGCCAGCCGGUAUGAUGGUGGGGUUCGGUGGCGGACCGCUGUGGUGCGCCAAAUGCACGUAUCUGUCUGUGGUAGCGGAACCUUACGCCAAGCUGUCAGGGGUGUCAGCUGAAGUGCUAGUGGUGCGGUUCUUUGGACUCUUCUUUAUGUUCUACCAGAUGGCGCAGAUCUGGGGAAACCUGAUAUCAUCUGCUAUUCUAUCUUCUAACCUGGGCGAUGAGCCAGGACUAUGGAAUGCCACUUCAAGCCUAGCAGACUUGUUUAAUAAUGAAACUAGUUCGCCGACUGUAGACUUUGGGUCUACUUGCGGUGUCAACUUCUGCAGUGCCAGUGCAUCUCAUGGCAAUACAAAUCUGCAACCUCCUUCAGAACUGAAGAUCCAGGUGAUAGCGGGAGUAUACCUCGCUUGUAUGGCUGCUGCAGUCAUACUAGUGGCCUUUGGAGUCGAUUCACUUACCAGGUAUACUGGAGGUCGUAACACAGCGUGUCAGGGCAAGUCUGGAGUACGCCUUUUAGCAGUAACCCUUCGACAGCUGCGACACAAGUACCAACUGCUUCUACUACCAGUUAUUGGAUAUAUUGGUGCUGAACAAGCUUUCAUGGCCGCUGAUUUUACACAGGCGUUCAUCGGGUGCGCGUACGGUAUCAGUAACAUUGGGUACGUGAUGAUUUGCUUCGGAGUGUUCAACGCGUUGGCUGCACCCGUCGCUGGAGCACUCGUCAAGGUCACCGGCAGGUUCCCAGUUAUGGUCACUGCACUGUUACUAAAUCUAUGUCUGCUCACGUCUCUGCUGUACUGGCGUCCGGAGCCCGAGCAAUGGUUGGUGUUCUACGCGCUGGCCGCCAUCUGGGGAACUGCUGACGCUGUGUGGCUGGUCCAAGUUAAUGCAUUUUCGGGCAUCCUAUUCCCGGGCAACGAAGAAGCAGCUUACUCCAACUUCCGUCUUUGGGAGGCGACUGGCAGCGUACUGUCAUAUGCUACUGCACCGUACUUAUGUGUCAGGACAAGGUUAUAUUGUCUCUUAGGGUUCCUUCUAGUCGGUUUCUUAGGCUACAGCAUAAUAGAGCUGAUGGAGUACAAAGUGAAGAAGGCUCAUCAUCUCGAGAGGAACUUUGAACUUGUUGAGAAGAAACCUGAACAGGAAUCGCUAAGGAAACCUUCUGAAGCCGAAGGGGAUUACUGA